AUGCAGAUGUGUUUACGCUAUCUCAGUGAUCCUGGGUAUCAGAAAGGCAUUGGUCAAGAACUGGGUGUAAGUCAAGCUACAGUAUCUCGUACAGUGACUGCCGUAAUUGACAGCAUAGUGGCGCAAUCAAAUUACUGGAUAAAAUUUCCGUCUACGAACAAUGCACUUAUGAGUGCCAAACAGUUAUGUCAAAGCAAAUAUAGGUUUCCAACAGCAAUUGGCGUAGUUGACUGCACCCACGUAGGAAUUCUGAAACCAAAUCGCCAUGGUGAUGAGUAUGUCAACCGGAAAGGUUAUCCUACACUGAAUGUGCAAGCCACUUGUGAUGCAAGAGAAAUGUUCACUAGUACCGACGUUAGUUGGCCUGGUUCGGUCCACGAUUCAAGAAUAUGGAGAAAUUCACGAAUAAGGGUUCAAUUACAAAAUAAGAACAACGUCGUGCUGCUGAAGCUGGAUAUAGUAUAG